AUGCUCGUCCAGACCAUCAUCGCCUUCUUCCUCGCCGCCUCGGCCACCGCUCAUCCCGUCGAGGCCCGUGAGCCUCUCGAUGUCACCGCCGACGUGUACGCCAACGUGCUUGGUCUCGUUAUCGCUCAGGUAGGCCUCGACGUCAACGUUGGCGGCUCGUGCGGCAACCCUUGCGGUGACAAGUGCCUUCCUCCCGGUGCCGUCUGCUGCACGCGCCCCAACGGUCCUCCCUCGGGCAAGGGCUGCCCCGCUCCCAACCCAGUGUGCAAGUGCGCCAACGACGUCCUCGACGUCUACGUCUGCCUCGCGGUUGACAUCUAA